AUGACACCAACAACGCAGCAGCAGCAACAACAACAACUGAACAACAUAAUCAACGCCCUCGUAGGCUUCGGAGACUUCGCCACGUGGCUGACCAUUCUCUCCACGGUCAACACCACACACCUUCCAGUAAGCGCCACACUAUUGGUCCCACAAGACGCCGCCAUGGACCUUCCCUCACAGGAUCCCUUCCUCUUCCCAUACCACGUCGUUCCUCAACGCCUUACCUUCUCCGACCUCCUCCUUUUCCCUUGCCGCACGCGCCUCCCCACGCUCCUCCGCGGUAAAUCCAUCUCCGUCACCGACAAUUCCCCUCUCAACUUCUCCCUCGACGCCACGCCGAUCACUCACCCGGACCUAUUUUCCACCCCAAACGUCGUCGUACACGGCAUCCACUCUUUCCUCAAUUACUCUCUCUUCGGCGACGGAAUCCCUCCCUCGCCGCCGUUCCUCCCCAUCGGAGACGCCAUCGGCACAGAGUGGAACUCCGGCGGGUCCUCCUCCCGCCUCAACGACGUCGUUUUCUUCUCCUUUUGUUUCGUUCUUGGAGUACUUGUCUUCUUUGCGUUUUGUUAA